AUGCUGCUACACCAAUCUGUUUGUAAGACCAUACUUCGUCUGCUUGUACCGGGAGAUGUGGUGAAGAAUAGGCCAGCCCGAAGAUUUGAUUACUACGACUUCCCGAAGAUCCGCAACUCUGACACAUUGUACUAUGCGGAGAACUGCGCCUACAUGAUGGCAGAGUCUUCGCUAGAGGACCUCAACUCUCGCCUCUCGGAACCCAUCACUAUGAGCCAGUUCCGUGCAAACAUCGUGGUCAGAGGCUCUGCACCCUUAGACGAGGACGACUGGGCCUACGUGAAGAUCGGGCGGGUGGUCUUCAGGAAGGUGAAACCAUGCCAGAGAUGUCUGCUAACCACUGUGGACCCAGUCAAAGGAGAACGACACCCCAAGAUGGAGCCACUCACUACCCUCCGUACGUUCCGCUCAUUAAAAGAGCCAGCCAAGUUGGCUAAGGCGUGGGCUACGAGUCCCCUCUCGGUAUCAAAACAUGGCGCUUCGUAAGUAGUGACAGGACCUGUGGCAGUGGGAGACAAAGUCUUGGUGGCCAGAACUUCAAAAAAUCCGGCGUUAACAGUAUUCUAGAGCUGGCCUGAACAUCGGCCAUCCUGUUUUUGAGUCUUCUAAAACUACAGUGUAACCAGAACCACACUCAACUCAU